UAACGUCAUUUCCGGUUCAUCUGGUCUCUCUUUCCGGUCGGCCAUUUGUCGGAUACGAUUGUGUAACGACCUCCUGUCACCCCAGUAAACAUGCAGAACGACGCUGGUGAAUUUGUGGACCUUUACGUCCCAAGGAAAUGCUCUGCCAGUAACAGGAUCAUCGGAGCCAAAGACCACGCCUCCAUCCAGAUCAACAUCGCUGAGGUCGAUAAAGUGACCGGUCGCUUCAACGGUCAGUUCAAGACCUAUGCCAUCUGUGGCGCCAUUCGCAGGAUGGGGGAAUCUGACGACUCCAUCCUGAGGCUGGCCAAGAACGACGCCGUCGUAGCAAAGAACUUCUGAUCGUCGUUGGAUUUGUGCAGUUUGUUUAAAUAAAAUGGACAAAAAUCCA